AUGACGGCUGUGGCGGAGGUGGACGCGGGCGGGGUGGGCGUUAAGGUCGGGCUGGGGAUGGCUAUGACUGCUCUUCUGCUGGUGGCUCAGAUGGCGGGAGCUGGUUUCCUCUCUCUCCCCAAAGCUCUGGCUAAUUCAGGAUGGUUCGGCGUGGUGAUGAUGGUGGUGUUCUGCGUGACUAUCGGGUUCUCCGGGACGCGGCUCGGGCAGUGCUGGGUGAUGCUGGAGGAGCGCUGGCCUGCCCUCUACGCAGGGGGAUCCAGGCAGCCUUACAUGGAUAUUGCUGGGGUGACAUUGGGCAAGCCUGGCAGACUUCUCGCGCUGGUCUCCGUGUUCGCGGCCAUUUACGGCGUGUCCACAGUGUUCCUCAUCCUGAUCUCCUCCUUCAUGAAUGAGUUACUGCCGGUAUUGUCUAACUGUGAGUGGCUGCUGGUGGCGGGCGGCAUUGUCCUGCCCUUCACGUGGCUCGGCACCCCCAAGGACUUCUGGCAGUUGUCGGUGGUGGCCGCGGCGUCGACGGGCCUGGCGUGCUUGGUGAUCUUCGUGGAGCUGUUGGUGGAGGCGCCCGGGUUCCCUGAGCCGCAGUACACCAACCCCACCGUGUACACCUUUGCUCUGGGCUUCGCCUCCAUCCUCUUUGCCUUUGGCGGCGCCUCCGUCUUCCCCACCAUCCAGAACGACAUGGCGGGACAGGGCGCUCUUCGGCCGCAGCGUGGCUCUCGCAUUCCUCGCUCCCUCUAG